AUGAGUAACAUGAUUCCACUUCGAUCCAGCUUUCUGUCUUCGUCUCUCCACCAUCAACCAACGACCAUAUCUUCCAACACGAGCCCCAACCCUCACCCUCACAUCCUGGUGUUCCCAUACCCAGCACAAGGCCACAUGCUUGCUCUUCUCGACCUCACCCACCAACUCUCUCUCCGUGGUCUAACCAUCACCGUCUUAGUCACCCCUAAAUGCCUCCCUUUCCUCUCUUCUCUCCUCUCUUCUCAACCUUCUUCUAUUACUCCUCUUGUCCUCCCUUUCCCUUCUCACCCUCUCGUCCCACCAGGCAUUGAGCAUGUUAAAGACCUCGGCAGCACCGGGAACCUUCCCAUUAUGGCCGCUUUAGGGAAACUUUACGACCCUUUAGUCAACUGGUUAAACGCUCACCCCAACCCUCUAGUUGCCAUCCUCUCUGAUUUCUUGCUUGGUUGGACUGAACACCUUGCAACCCGCUGGCAAAUCCCCAGGAUCACUUUCUUCUCGUCCGGUGCGUUUCUGGCUUCUGUGUUUGUUUAUAUUUGGAAUAACGUUGAAAAAGUGAAGUCUUUGAGUGAAGUCAAGUUUGGUCAUCUCCCUGGAUCCCAGCCGUUCAAGCAGGAACAUUUGCCAUCCGUGUUUAAGCACUACAAACGAUCCGAUCCUGAUUGGGAGUUUGUCAAGGAUGGCAUGAUUGCAAAUACGAAGAGUUGGGGUUGUGUUUUUAAUACCUUCGAUGCUUUGGAAACUCAGUAUGUUCAAUGUUUCAAGGGGCAUGUAGGUCAUAAUCGUGUUUUCACUGUCGGGCCACUUAGUUUGACAGGCCCUGAUGUAUCUGGUAGGGGCAAUUCUGGUUCUGACCCAAAUGACAAAGUGUUGGCUUGGCUUGAUGGAUGCCCCGAUGGCUCGGUUGUUUAUGUUUGCUUUGGGAGUCAAAAGCUGUUGAGAAAGGAACAAAUGGAAGCCUUGGCUAAUGGGCUUGAAAAGAGUGGGACACGUUUUAUCUGGGUGGUCAAACCAGGUACGACCCAACAGCAGGAUGACGGGUACGGAGUUGUACCCGAUGGGUUUGAGAAGCGGAUGGCAGGUCGGGGUUUGGUGGUAAAGGGGUGGGCGCCACAAGUGUUGAUACUGAAUCACAAAGCGGUGGGUGGGUUUCUGAGUCACUGUGGGUGGAACUCGGUUUUGGAAGGGAUAGUGGGAGGAGUCGUGAUAUUGGCUUGGCCUAUGGAGGCUGACCAGUAUUUGAACGCCAGGCUCUUGGUGGAUGAUAUGGGCGUGGCUGUUAGGGUGUGCGAGGGUGCAGACUCUGUUCCUGACUCAGAUGAACUAGGCAGGGCCAUCGCUGAGCCAAUGACUGAGGGCGGAGGAGUGAAGGCCAAGGCGAAAGAUCUGAAAGACAAGGCUUUGGCUGCAAUGAGUGAUGCGGGGAGCUCCAUGAAAGAUUUGGAUAGAUUUGUGGAAGAAUUGGGUCAACUUGGUGGGAGAUAAAUCCUGUUGUUUCAUCCGACCAGGCUUCUUUUCUCAAUAAACAACACCUUAGGAGAAGAAAUAUAGUAUAUCGAUGAAUGUGUCCACUGCAUCUGAUAUAAGCAACUAGCCUAGGGAGGAAGAGGGGAAGAUAGCGUCCCCUCUUACCUAGAGCAAUAUAUCAGAAGAAAUGGAGCUUUUUCUUGAUGCAGUAUUAUUAUCCAACAGGUUUUAUGUAUGCAUAUGUACAAAUAUACUUGGCAAUCCUAGCUGAUUGCAAGUAACAUAAAACUUCCCUGAUUAAACAUUUGAUGUCAUUCUUGUUUCAUUUUUUAACAUAAAACUUCCCUCAACUUGUGCUGCUUAUCAUCAAGCAGGAAAAAAUAAGUCUCAGAACUAAAAAGAAAUGAAAACAAAGGUGUUCAUAGGGGAGACAAUCUUUAAACUCAAACACCAAAAUUUUCUCAUUUUGAUAAACAAAAUUGUAGCAGUAUGUUUUUUAUCUGUCAAGAGUGGGAAGAACGCAAGUCAACCACCCACCUUUAAGUAGAGAAAGUCCAACUGGUUUCAGUAGUGCACUGUUCAGGCAAACAGCUCAAGC